UUUCAUCAUUUCGGGCCGUAAAAUCCUGGCUUUACUAAAAAAAUGUCAAUAUCUUUUACGUCAUCAAAAUCUCAUGUAGAAAUAUAAUGGUAUAUAAUAAGAUUAAUUUGCCCAUUUGCCUUAGUGUAUAUAUUUUGUUUAUUUUGAAGACUAUUUCAAGAUGAGGGUUAUAUCUGCAAUAGUGGCAUUCUUCUGCGUCGUCCUUUUAAUAAUCCAAACUAUAUCCGCAGCACCUUCGCCCGUUUUUGGGGGUGGCAGUGACGGUGGUUGCCCACUCGGUGGCUCUGGAGGCAGUGACCUAGGUGUGGGUUGCUGUCCCGGUGGAGGUAGUGAUUGCUGUGGCGGUGGAGGUGGAGGUGGCGGUGGAGGUGGCGGUGGCUGCCACCGUAUAUAAACUUAUAAUUAAAAUUAAUAAUUUUACAUGUGGACUCUAUAAAAUUGUCUAUUUUAUCUUUCUUUAUUGUACAUACAUUGUAAAAUGACUUUGUCAUAAUAAUUAAAGUGUUUAUUUCU